AUGAACCCGGCACUGAGCGUGUGGUUCCAGCAGCCUCGGCCGAGCCCGUGUGUGGUCGAAGGAUUGGCUCUGCUGGAUUUAGGGGUCUCGCCGUAUUCUGGAGCUAUUUUUCAUGAGACCCCUCUGAUAAUCUAUCUCUUUCAUUUCCUGAUUGAAUAUGCUGAACUGGUGUUCAUGGUAACUGAUGUGCUAACUGCUGUUGCCCUUUACUUGGCCAUCCAGGACUUCAACAAAGUUGUGUUCAAAAAGCAGAAGCUCCUAAUAGAGCUGGAUAAAUAUGCACCAGAUGUGGCUGAGCUUGUCCAGACACCCAUGGAGAUGCACUACAUCCCCCUCAAGGUAGCACUAUUCUACCUGUUAAACCCCUUCUCUGUGAUGUCUUGUGUGGCAAAGUCCACCUGCGCCAUCAACAACUCUGUCAUUGCAUUCUUCAUUUUAGCUACAAUAAAAGGUAGUGCCUUCCUCAGUGCUGUGUUCCUGGCCUUAGCAACAUACCAGUCACUCUACCCUCUCACACUGUUUGCUCCAGCCCUUCUUUACCUUCUGCAGCGUCAGUUCAUACCCAUCAAACUGAAAAGCAAAAGCUUCUGGCUCUACACCAUGCAGUAUGCCUCCCUCUACCUGUGCAGCCUUGUAGUGAUUAUCUGCCUCUCCUUCUUCCUCCUCAACUCCUGGGACUUUAUCCCAUCUGUUUACGGGUUUAUCCUUUCUGUUCCAGAUCUGACACCCAAUAUUGGCCUUUUCUGGUACUUCUUUGCAGAGAUGUUUGAACACUUCAGUCUUUUCUUCGUAUGUGUGUUUCAAAUCAAUGUGUUCUUCUACACCAUUCCCUUGGCAAUAAAGCUAAAGGAACACCCUGUGUUCUUCAUGUUUGUCCAGAUUGCCAUCAUUUCUAUCUUCAAGUCCUAUCCCACUGUGGGAGACGUUGCACUGUACAUGGCCUUCCUUCCAGUCUGGAGCCACCUUUACAGAUUUCUCCGGAACAUCUUCAUCCUGUCAUGUGUGCUCAUUUUCUGCUCCUUCCUGUUCCCCGUUCUGUGGCAUCUGUGGAUUUAUGCAGGAAGUGCCAACUCCAAUUUUUAUUAUGCCAUCACGUUGACUUUCAACAUAGGGCAGAUCCUGCUCAUCUCAGAUUAUUUCUAUGCCUUCCUCCGGCGUGAAUACUACCUCACUCAUGGACUGCACUUGACAAGGCAGGAUGGGACAGAGGCCAUGCUGGUUUUGAAAUAAGGAUUGUGCCCACCUUUCCCUGGGACAUGGACUACUAUGAGGAACAUGCAAAGCUUGGGGUAUGUGGGGUGGGUGGGGAAGGUUCCCUGAAUGAGGUCUGACUUUGGGGAUGAUACCUACUGAAAGAAAGGGCUGAGGUUUUGGGAAUGUCCUGCUGAGCUGUGGGCUCAGCACAGAGACUGUAAGAGCUGCAGUACCUCCGUUGGAGCAUCUCCCUCCCCUCAGCUGUGCUUUCCACUGCGACCUCAGCCAUUAGCUCUGGGCAGCCCAGCAGGAACUGGAGUGUCUGAGCUAAACCCACGAGGGUCCAGGAGGAGCUCAGACUGUGAACUGUUUACUUUUCCAUCACUGCUUCUUGGAGAUGUUUGCUUCUCCUGGAACCUUCCCCUUCACUGCUUUGACUAGUAAAACUCUGCUUGGCACGAGGCAAUCUCUAGGUACCUGGUGCCUGAGCCCUGGCUGCAGAAGCCAUUUCUUGGUGGUCCCACUGCUGUGGGAUCUGGAAAAAUCCCAUGUGCUCAGGCACAGUGGGUGCUGUGAUCACAGAUGGGUGACCAAGGAUGAUGACCUGUUGGAAGGAGGACAGAUGGAGCUGCUACCACAGGUGGUAACCUUGGCACUCAAACACUAGUGAGAACUGGAGUCGGGGUGGAAGCAGAAGCCGGGGGGAGGGUGCUGGGUAACUGCUCUAUCCCAUUGGAGCAACACAGACAUUGCCAUGUUAGGACCAUGCACAGAGGCACUGCAGGUCUCAGAAGAAAUACUACUGAGGAGAUGGACUCCCACUGCUCCCAGUUUCUGUCGGAUGACAAAGCCUGGCAGUUCCAGGCUCACACUGUGCUGCUGUGGUUGCUCGGGGCAGCAGCCUGGAUUAGGGACCAGUGGGGAUCACAAUCUCCCUGUAAGGCCUCAGACCAAAUGCAGGAGGAGCCUCAGUCACUGCUGUUAUUGUUGGGCUCCUCAUGUUCCACAGCUGCUUAACACUAGUGGAUGUGCCCUUCUCUUGUCCCCCCUUGCCAUGGGCUCGUGGCUGUGUGUGGAGGCUCCCUGAAAUCAACCUCCCUUGGUCCCCCCUGCUCCCCUCUCUGUGCUCAGACCUGCUCACCUUGGAGCUGCUGCUGCUCACCCCUGAAUGUGGCCCUCUGGGGUGCAGCCGCCAGGCUCUGCUGGCUAUGGUGGCACCAGGAUGUGACCGCAGUGUGACAGCCACCUGCAGUGUCCCACUGAUCCCAAGGGACAUCUGAAGGGUUGGGAAUGUGACAUGGAAACCACAGCUGGUACCAAGCAGCUGAGAUGGAUGUGCCCAGGCAGGUGUGUAAACAUCUUUCUUUCUGGACAAUUAACACUUUUGCCUUACUGCACUGCUGUCAGCGCUUAGGGGGGGUGGAGCCAAGCCCAGCUCAGCCCCCAAGCUCAGCUCAAGCCCCGAGCUCAGCCCCAGGCAGGGCAGCCCCAGCAGCGGCCUGAGGGCACAGGGAGGGGCAAAGGGAGCCUGGGCUGCUGAGCUGCCGGCAGGGCAUGGCAAGGAGCAUAAUAAACUGUGCAAGUUUUGAA